GAAGGUGCUUUAAAGAAGGAUCAGUUUUGAAAUGGCAAGUGGUAUUGAAGAACCAUUUAGGCUUAGUUUUCAGAAAGAUUUGUUGUUCUUAUGCUUUGGUUAAUUGGGAUGUUGAACCCCUUUCAACUUCUUCAUGUAUUACUUCAUAUCCUGGGCAGAUUCGUGGCAAUCUAAAUCUAUCUCAUUCGGUAGAUUUGAGAAUGAAGCUUUAUGUUGGGAGGAGGUCUUCUUUCACACACAACAGGUAUCUUGAAGAGGUUGAAAAAUACAUCAAGCCAGGUUUUGUAACUGAGAAAAAAACAUAUUGUGAGGAGCUUUUUAGAAGAAGGGCACUUCUAAGCCAGAGUUCAUCCGACUGUCAGGAUGGGGCUGAUUCUCAAGCUACCACUUUACUGGAGAAUGGAAAGUAUCAGGCUAGUGAAAAUGAAGGUUAUGCGGGGUGCUUUGAGCAUGUUAAUGAAGUUGGCCAUUUUGCACGCUUUGAUGAAAAUUAUGAUAGCUCAACCCGUUUAUCAAAGAAUGAAAAGUAUCAAGCCGAGAAUAGAGGCUAUGAUGGAGAUUCUGAGCGAGUGAAUGAGGUUGAUGAUUCUUCACGCUUUGAGGAGAGUUUUGGUGGAUCAAACAACGGAGACAUCAAAGUCACAGAAUGUGGGAGAGAAGGAUCAAGCAACAGAGACAUUGAAGUCACAGAAUGUGGAGGAGAAGAUAGUAUAAGUUGCCAUUCUGGACCUAGACUGAACAAGAUACCAAUAGUUUCGAUGUUCUUCAGAGUGUUCCUGAACGUCUGGAAGCUGAAGAAAAAUUUAAUCUCAGUGCUGGAAAUUCAUCUUUUAAUGAUCCAGAGCACUGAAGAACAGCCAAUAGCAAGAAAGGUUAUCGCUUCUCAUGCUUCCUGUACAGAGAAAGUUAGCCAUAGAUUAUAUCAAAGUGUAAACAGGGAUAAGGAGAGUGUAAAGUCAUGUCAAUCAGACGUGAAGCAGAAUGAAUCUAGUUUCUGUUUUAAAACUGAAGAGCGGGCCAGGAAAAGGAAAGAGAUUGAGGAGAAAGUGCAUGCCAAAGAGGAAGAAACACGUCAGCUCCAAGCAAGAACCCAG